CUCACCUAAACAAGAAGCCCAACCCUUUCUCCAUCUCAUCAUGUAUCACGCUCGAAAACAAAACCCCAAAGAAAAACUCAAACCCGUGAAUCCCGAAACCCCUCUCUCUCUCCCCGUGAGAACCCAAAAAACCCCUUUCUUCCUCUCUUAUCUCAUCUCGUCGGAUGCUGCCGGAGCUCAGCCCUCCUGCCUCGCCGGCAUUUUCGCGGCUGUCGGAGACUUGCGCACUUCGCAGCCCUUAUUCAUCUCUCUCGUGUGUGGUGUUGUUGCUCUGUUUUCUCUCCCCUGUUCUUGUGUCGUCAUUGCGGUUGGUUGCUGCCGCCGUGGUCUGCUGCUACCUCGCCGGUGCUCAACAGGCCUUGCGAAGCUCCGCUUCUGAAGCUUCGAAACCCCCCAUCCUUCAUCCCUUUGUUCUUCGCUGCUCACGCAGAGCAGAGCUUCGAAAACCUCCCUCAACCCCUCUGUUUCUCGAUUCUUCGCUGCUCCUAAUAGAGCAGAGAGUCAAACAUUGUUGCAGGUUUGGUGUUAUGAGCUCAGGAUUCUGAAGUGAAGCAAGAUAAAGAUGUCGUCGUAGCUUAUGGAUUGAGUUUGUAUUUUAGAUAGUCAAUUAUGGAAUAGUUUCUAAUAUACUUCAUUGUAUACAAUAUUUGGGAAUAUGAGUUGAGAUAUCGGUGUAAUUGAAGUCUUAUAUAAAGGAUUUUGUUUUGUGGGCCAAUAACCCACAGGUUCA